GCGAGCUAUGCCUGGUAAGUUGGGGAACUUACAGGCCAAUCAGUGCAGUUUCUGGUUAGGUUUCUUCCAGAGGUUUUUCCACGAUGAGAUUUAUCGUGUGCAGAUGCAUCCUAUACUGACUAGAUGGCAUUUCCCACUGUCUACGCUCCCCUAACCCCACCGCAACCCGCCAAGUCCUACGUCUUGAUCAACUAGGAGGAGCCGAUUCUUGAGGAGGCUGAUGGGUAGUAGGUGCUUGGUGUUCCGCCCCAUUCCUCACCAAGUCGUACUUCAUGAUCGACGAGGAGGAGCCAAUUCUUGAGAAGGCUGAGGGGACGGAGAUCGAGUGGAAUGCGGGCAAGAACCUGACGCAGAAGAUCAUGAAGAAGAAGCCCAAGAAGGGCGCCAAGAGCUCCAAGCCCAUCACCAAGACGGAGCCCUGCGAGAGCUUCUUCAACUUCUUCAGCCCGCCUGCUGUGCCCACUGAGGAGGAAGAGCUGGAUGAGGAAGAGGCGGAGGAGCUGCAAGAGAUGAUGGAGCAGGACUACGAUGUGGGGUCUACUCUGAGGGAGAAGAUCAUCCCGCAUGCCGUGUCCUGGUACACAGGGGAGGCUGCUGACCUGGAGGAUCUGGACGAUGACGAGGAUGACGAGGAUGAUGACGAGAUGAUGAGACGAGGACGAGGAUGAGGAUGAUGAUGACGAGGACGACCACCCAAAGCCUCGCGGAAGGAAAGCAGGGACGAAGGGGAUGAAGGCAGCAGGAGCAGCGGGUGCAGGGGGGAGCAGCCUCCUGAGUGUAAACAACAGUAGGAGAGGGGGAGGGAGGCAACAAGGCGUUUGCUUUCUAGCCGUGUGUUGGAAUGCAAUGCUACUCCUUGUCCGCGUUAGAGUCUUGGGUUUCUGUAUAGAGUUUGUCGUUCGAAUUUACCGCAUUAUUGUCAUCAGAUGUUAGGAAUGUAGACUCUUGAAGGAAUAAUCUUUAGAGUACACUUAGUACUUUAUGUAACGGAUGUAUCAGGACGAGUGCCGUGCGAAUCAACACCGAGGUCUGCGAAAGUUCGCCCAUUUCCUUUGGUCCUUGGGCUGCUAUGGUGGCAUUCAGCAGAGCAACAACCCCAAGGUCCCAACCAAGCAGCCAUAGCCCAAGGGAAAAUAAUAGCAGGAGCCUAGGUAGCUGCCAGUAGCCAUAGCUUUAGCUGUAGUCAUCGCCGGACGUAUCCGUUCUCCCUCUUUCAUAAGCACGACAGUCGUUUCGCGUGACGCUUUUUACUACGCGUGUCGCUUUUUACUAAGUACCGUAACCUUUACUAGUGCUAUCUUUCGAUUUGCCCGAAGUGGAAAGCUCCAGAAUUCCAUCGUCCCACCUGCGAGUGUCACUAAAAUCGCGUCGAAAUGGCCGUGACGACAGGAGGCUUGCAGGCUUGGCGUUUCUCUUCUCAAUGGGCAUCGGCUUGCAGCUGCUGGGAUGUGUCCUGUACAAUAACUGGUGGCCAAUGCUCUCAGCCCUGAUGUACCUGAUACUGCCCAUGCCGUGCCUGUUCUUCUCCACCGGGGAAUCUUCCGACUUCUUUCUUAUGGGCACUGACAACGAAUGGCAAGAUGCAGCAAAGUUCCUCACCGGCUUCUCUGCUAUCGGCAGUGUAGCCAUCCCUUUCAUUCUACACCACGGCCACCUUAUAACUCUCGGAGCCACACUGUUCAGUCUCGCAGCCUUCAUCGUGCUAAGUGGCACUCUUGCCCUUUUCAUCCGGGUGUCGUUAGACGAUGGCCCCUCGUGGAGUGGGUAUUAGGCAGGCACGGACGGGACUGUUCACUCUUGCAGCAUUUAUUGUGCCAAGUGGCACUCUCAGCCUGAUUAUUCAGGUCUGCUCGGAUGAUGACCCCUCGUGGAGUGGGUACUUAGGCACGGAUCGGUUUGUGCAGUGCCAACUCCAGGAACCACAGCCAUUUGUGGCAUCAUAUAGGAAAAUCAUUGUACAGCGUUUUAAAAGCCCCUUUUUUUUUUCUCUCCCUUUUCCACGUA